AUGGUAUCAGCAAUAGCGCAAGCAGCGAACCACUCCAUCUCCCUCUACAAUGCUAUCAUUGUUUUAUAUCUCUGCUACCUUCAACUCAUUUGCGAGCUCAUGCUAGUCGUUGGAUCCAUGCAGAAGAGAAGUAUGGGGGCCCAAGUGUCUGAGGUUGGCCUCCCUGCAAAGGUGGUUCUUUCGUUACCACAUUGGUCUUGGCAUGGCUUCGGGCUUUACGUUUGGGUUCAUGCUCGGAGGUUUGGAUCCCAGCCGGAGUGCAACGCGGCUACCAAAUUAAUAGUCUUCGGAAGGGAGCUUUCAGCGACUGGUUCGGGGCGUGUGGUAUCCCUUGUUUUCUUCGGUAUCAGUGCUACGGUGAUUCUAAGUGUCCCAGUGAUUACACUCGCAGGAGUCGGAUUUCUCUUGGUAUUCUUGAUCAAAGCCUUCCAUCCGCUCAUUGGCUCGUACCGCCUUUCAGCUGGCCCUCGCACUUCCUUCAUCAAAAUCCUCUUCGUCAAUAUCUACAUCACGUUCUGCUUUCUUGUCCAAUGGAUUUACGUGGUCGUGACUAUCGAGCAAACUAUUCAGCGGAAUCCAGUCAUCCAUAAUGGCCCGUGGUUUCCGAUUACAUUUGGCCAGAUUUUCCCGGUCGUAACAAUCGGCGCUUGCCUUGUCUCCAUUUACAAUGAUCUGCGAGAGUCUCGACGAGAGCCACCGAUUAGUCAAGGCAAUGAUCCCAACGGCCCAAUCAAAGCAGAUGUAUAG